AUGUUGAAAUCCUCAUCGUCCAAAGGGGGCAUCCAGGAAUCGCAAUGGAAUACCUCUUCUAGUAGACCUAUAGUCGCAGUAUUAUUCCAAGCAAUUGACGCACCUAUGAUCCAUGGAGUCCGCAAACCACGCAAGCCAGGUGGAUAUCAGGAUUCAGGCGCAGAUAUUGCAUACACAUUACGUUCCAAGGGAAUCGAGGUCAUCACGCCCCAACCCUCCCCUUCCACUGCUCAGCAUGAGGGUUGGUGUUUCCCAGAUUCGGAAGAAGGGAUAUAUUCCGCAGUAGCCCAGGGCGCUACACACCUGUGGGCGAACACGAUCGUGUUUUCUUCCCAUCCUCUCCAAACAGCAUCCUGUCUGGAUAGUUAUGCUCUAGCUCUACGGGUCGUAGGCCAACCGCCGGGUCUAGUGGAGAAAUUCGAUGACAAGAUGUAUCUGAACGAUAAACUGCGCCAGCAAGGGAGGUUUACCUUACCUCAAUCGUGGGUUGUGAAUGAAGGAGAUGAUUUAGAUGAUCUGCUUCAGUCAAUCCCUAACUACCCCGUUGUCGGGAAACCGGUCCGUGGUCGCGGGAGCCAUGGAGUACAAGUCUGCCAUACUCCUUCUGAGCUGAAAAGUCAUAUUGAAUCCCUGUUCAGAGAAUCACCCGUUGUCCUGCUAGAGGAAUUUUUAUCCGGCGAGGAAGCCACAAUCACCGUGAUGCCCCCAUCCCUCGACCGAGCGGGAUAUUGGAGCAUGCCUCCUGUGGCCCGAUUCAACCACGACCAAGGUAUCGCGCCGUACAAUGGUACAGUAGCUGUUACUGCCAAUUCUCGCGUUGUCACCAAGGAAGAGAUGCAGGAUCAAGCUUAUGAAGUGGUGAUGCGUCAGUGCGAAGAGGUGGCAAGUCUCAUCAAGGCAACGGCUGCCAUCCGCAUUGAUGUCCGACGAUUCCGACACGGGUCCGAGUUUGCUAUUUUUGACGUCAAUGUGAAACCUAACAUGACUGGUCCUGGUCGACCAGGUCGCGAGGAUCAGGCUAGUCUGACUGCCAUGGCAGCGGCUGGGUGUGAGUGGGAUUAUCCUACACUGUUGCAAAAUAUAUUGCAUGGAGCUUCGACGCUGGAGACAUUACGUCAAUAUCGCGUUCCUUUAUAA